UUCGCGUGGAAAGCUCCUCGCCGGUGGUGGCCUCGAGUGAUUUUCACACGCCGAUUCUAGUGAGUGAAGUGUGAACAAAUCUGAAACUUUCCCCGGAUGUUACCUCAACUUCCACCAAAAUAAUUCGAUGCAGCCGCCUACCAACACCUCCACUCUCCACCCCUAGACAGAAUGAUCUGCGACCCGCGUUCGUCCCCCACGACCCCGUCGUACCCCGGCUACCCCCCACACUCCCCUUACUUGCGCCGCGCUUCACCCCCCGGAAGUCCAGCCCCGAAAAAAUGCUGCUUCGAACAUAAAGAACCUCGCGAAACAUUCUUCUGUUGUUGUUACACGUGUUCCGGCAACAAGACUACAUCGAUUUUAGCCACUUUGGGUGUGUGCUGUUUAGUCCUGGCUUACACCAUUCUCGGGGCUUUCGUAUUCAUGACAUUAGAAGGAGGCAUACAUCACGACACGGCAGUCGCAGCCUCGAAAUUAGACCCCAAGAGCGAAACCUCCAUCCCCAAUGCGGGGGAACUACGGGCGGAAACCGUCGACCGACUCUGGAGUAUUACAGAAAAUUUGAAUAUUUUGUAUAGGGAGAACUGGACGCGUUUGGCGGCCGAAGAGGUGCUGUUGUUCCAAGAAGCGCUUUUUAAGACUUUGAGGCAUUCGGAUGGGGGGCAACUUGGGUCGGGGACGGUGUAUUAUGGACAGCAGAUGCACAAGUGGAGUUUUAGUUCCUCAUUUCUCUAUUCGUUGACGCUCAUCACGACCAUAGGCUAUGGUUCCGUUUCUCCUCGUACAUCCUGGGGGAAACUAGUCACCAUCUUGUACGCAUUGGUGGGAAUCCCCCUCAUGUUACUCUACUUGUCGACCACUGGCGACCUCCUCGCCCGGAGUUUCCGCCGCCUUUACGGCAAACUCUGCGGAAUCGGCAGCCAGAAGCCCCCAUGUUCGUGCGCAAACCCCGUCAGAGUCCCCGUAACCCUCUGUCUCAUCAUCGUCCUGGCUUACAUCUGCUCGGGGGCUGUGCUGUUCCACCGACUUGAAAACUGGUCCCUUUUAGAAGGCUCCUAUUUUUGCUUCACAUCAUUGGGGACUAUCGGCUUUGGGGACCUCCUCCCGGGCCAAAACGCCGAGGAAAUUUCCUUGUGCGCCUGCUCGGCCUACAUCCUCACUGGGAUGGCCCUCGUGGCCAUGUGCUUCAGUCUUGUGCAAGACGAGGUCAUCAACCUCUUGCGGUACAUUGGGGCCACUUGCACUCGCAAUAAAAUGCUCAAAGUGCGCGAUGAGGAGUGCCCCACGGGGACGUCCUGACAAAGGCCCCUAACCGAAGGGGCGGCCCCCAUCAAGAAACCCCCCGUAGUCAACAAGAUCCCCCCCAUGCUCCAGCACAACAGUCUCCCGCGAAAAAGCAACUUCAACCGAAAUACUCCCGCGAGGAGGUCAGCAGGAGCGGAGCCCCUCAUCGAGUAUUUCGUCCCGAGGAGUGUCAGCGAGUUCGACUUGUCGAUAGCCACGGGGGAUACCCCCAUCACUGGGAAUUUUCUCCCCCUAACGGUGAGAGUUCCGAGGAAAAUGGGGAACAAGCAGAAGGAGAAAAUGGUGACUUUUGAAGACGAAAUGGCGGCGAAACUGAACAAAGAUCCCGAACUCCAAGACGUGUUCAUGUGACAAAAGGGAUAACAAUUAGUUAAUAAGGAGACUUGUCUUGUCGAUGAUUUCAAUACGGUCAAACGGGAGUUGAAACAGUUUAAAAACUUCAAGUUGUGUGAAGGACUGAAGAAAUGUGACGAGGAUUGCUCGUGUAACGCCGAAGCCGAAUGCGAUAUUUGUAAAGUGAUAGAUUUUACCAUGAAAAAAGAUAAGUUAUAAAAGAAUAAUAGUGCCAAAAUUUGUACAUAGUGUAAAUAAGACUCGAUUGGACUGAAUUUUGUAAAUUAAGAACCAAUCAGUAUUGUCUAACUCAUAAUUGUUGAAUCUUUUAAA